AUGGUAGUUUACGAGCAAGGAGAACCCAUUCAGGGUGUAGAUCGAUUGCACCAAUUCAUUUACCACGUCAGAAAAAUCCCAACAAAAGAAGCUUUAUUUGCAUGGGUACAUGAAGUAUGUAAAAGAAUUGGAAUGGUGUUAAUGAUUGCGGGUUCGAGUGACGGGGAUAGAGGACGUAGGACACCGUAUGUGAUUGUUCGUUGUGAGCGUGCGGGCCAUUAUGUUGGCAAGAAGGUACCAGGUGAAGAUGAUCAAAGACCGGGAAAAAGGAGCACCGGUUCAAAGAAAUGCAAUUGUCCGUUUAAAUUGAAGGGGACAAAAGAACACAAGGAUGAUGAAAAGGCUGAGUGGAAAUUGGAUGUUUAUAGUGGUAUUCACAACCACAACUUAUUUGAAAACUUGCACGCACACUCUUAUGCUGGAAGAUUAUCAAAGGAGCAGGUUUCCUUUGUUCACACUAUGAAGAAAGCAAUGGUGAAACCAAGGGCAAUUGUAAGAGCAUUGAAGGAAAAGGACCCGUCUAAUGUAACUGGUAUGAAGACAGUUUACAAUAUUAUCUCUAAGUUAAAUUUAAGUGAAUUGGAUGGGAGAUCUCAAUUGCAAUCAUUGUUCGUCAAGUUGAAAGAAGAUGAAUACCUCUCGUACCAUAAAUCGAACGAGUUGAAUGCGAUUACUGACUUGUUGUGGAUCCAACCCAAAUGCAUUAAGUUGGCACUGUCGUAUCCGUACGUAUUCGUCAUCGAUUGCACGUACAAGACCAAUCGCUACGGACUCCCAUUUCUUGAGAUUAUGGGUUUUACUUGUACCAACAAGACGUUCUCAAUUGCCUUUGCAUACUUGGAUCACGAAAAGACGGAAAAUUUCGAAUGGGCGUUGCGUUGUUUGAAGGAGGCCAUGACCAGUUGUCCUCGGCCUAAUUGCAUUGUAACAGAUCGAGAUUUGGGUUUAAUGAAAGCAGUCCAUCGAGUCAUCACUUGCUGUGUCGGUGGCAUGUGA